AUGGCUCUUUCUAAUGUCGAUGUAGAGAUGGCUGAACUUGCAGCACUCCGGCAUCAAGGUGUCAGAAGUAUACCUUCUCGCUCGACGAGGAAGCGGAAAGCCAGAGCGAAACUGGCCGCAAGAGUCAGGGAUGAGCGCUACAAGGCUGGACCGUUUUGGUUCAAGCUGCUCAUUUCUGAAGGGACUGCGGGCGUUAUCAUGGGUCAUGGUGGUUCGACUCUCAUCAGUCUGGAGAAAGAGACUUUGACGGCGAUGAAGUUAUCCCCCUAUGGAUCAUAUUUUCCCAAUUCCAACUUGCGAGUCCUCGUUAUAGCCGCUCCGAGCCUCGAGGCGAUGAGAAGUGUCGUGAUGAAGGUCGUCCAUGAUUAUAUUCUGGCCGACAUCGCCGUUGAAUCAGUUUACAUUUGUCUUGGUAGUCCUACGUCUGUAGAGCUCGCUAGGGCUGCUGACAUCACUCUGUCAACUGAUGAAUUCACGUUGCAACAUGGGGGAGAGACAGUUAUGGAAGUGUCCAUAUUGAGACAUGGUGCUGACAGAAGACUAACCGCUCUCGCUUGUGGAUCCAUCGCUCUAGCCGUACAGAGUGAUCGCUCUCACUUGGCUAAUACGGUGAAACUCGUGUAUGAUCCUUUGGCUAUCCUUCCUGGAGAUAUUGAUGCUAUGGUUGAUGCUCACUUUUGUAAUAUUGUCUUCGAAUGCAGCAACGCUAUACCACCAGCGUUCCUCACUUGGAUUUCGACGAAUUGUCAUGUAGAGAUUGAUAUCCAGUCGGUCCAUUCGGGGAAGGAAGCUCGUCGUUUGAUCCGUAUCGAGGGAACUUUGGAUGGCGUUCAUUCAGCGACACGAGCUAUUGUGCUGAUGUCUUCUGUGUGA